UAAACACUCACCUUUCCCUCCUAUAUAUAAACUGGGGUUAGGGUUUGCUCAUAAUUAAUCUCCCAAGUUAAGGAUUAAUUGCAGGUGUACUGUAGCCAAAAAUUAAUGAAGCAAAGGAUUGUGAUAAAUGUGCCGAUGCAGAGCGAGAAGGGCAAGUCCAAAGCCAUGAAGAUUGCUGUGGGUAUGCAAGGAGUGAACUCGGUGAUUGUGGUGAAAGAUAAGGAUCGGCUGGAGGUGAUCGGCGAAGGGGUUGAUUCUGUGUGUUUGGCCAAAUCUCUCAGGAAGAAAUUCUGUUUUGCUGAUAUUGUGAGCAUCGGAGAAGUGAAGCCGCCGCCGCCGUCUAAUUGCGCGCCACCGCCACCGCCGCCGUGCCAACCCUAUUGUUACGCGUCCCGAGUUUACGGAACUGCUCUUCCUAAUUGCUCUUACAUGUGAUCACCACCACCCCCCCUUCAAGAAUCUUGUUGUCUUGCUAUUCUUUUUGAGGUGGAUUCAUUCUAUAUGGGUUGAAUUUUCAAUUUCA